GGGGGAGGAGUUGCCUGCCAGGACCCUCCCUUCUCGGGUUGCACCCGGGGCCCAGAGCGGCUGAACGCCCAGGGAGGAGCCCAGCCGACAAACAAACUCGCUGCUGGGAAGGCGGCGGAGAGAGACCAGCCGGAGAGGCCCCGACCCCAGGUGCCUGAGCGCCAGGCUGAGCCUUUGGGAGUCCCCAUGUCGUACCCCAGUGCUCCCCCGCCCUACGAUGACAAGAAUCCCCUCUACCCCCCGCAGCCUGGGGGCCACCCGCAGCCCGGAGCCUAUCCCGGGGGCUACCCGCAACCUGCACCCUAUCCCGGGAGCUACCCGCAGCCCGGAGGGUAUCCUGGGGGCUACCCACAGCCAGGAGGAUAUCCCCACCCAGGUGUCCCGGUACCCCCCAUGUCAACACUCCCGAUGAACCAAGGUAAGCUGAGCAUUCACAAUAGGGGGCAUGAUGCAGAAACCCACUGAUGGCCCAUCUGGCCCCAUCCCCUUCUGAGAUGAGAGUAAACCCACUGGGCCAUCAACGUGCUGAAAGAGAGAAGGGUCCACCCCUGGUUCCAGUUGCUCUUGGUCCCGUUCUGCACAGAAGCAGGUCACCCCAGGGACCGGGGCAAAGAGAGUAACAGCGGGCUGGAUUCUGCUCUCAGGGGACGGGGCCAGACAUGCCAUCAGGGUGGCAGUGCCUAUGUGGGACCAGAGGAGUGAGGAGUGCAAGGCAGAGGAGAUGGUGGGGUGAGGGGAAGGGGUCUCUGGAAGGGCAGGGUAAUGGAUACGGUGACUCGGGCUCUGCAAGACCUGAUAUGAGCGGGGGGUGGGGGGUUCCUCGAACCCUUGGGAUGGAUCGGCUCCGAUCUGUCGCUCACCCAGACCUGACAGAGAGGAGACGUCCCGGUAAGAGGCAAAAUAUUCCAGUCCCCAGUCCCAUCAGGUCAAAGCUGGGCUGAGCUUGGCUGGUCUGUUCUGUCCCCGGCACCCGAGAGUCGGUCCCAUCGGGCAGUGCCCUGUUGUGACGGGGCAGCCUGGCCUGGUGGUCCCACCCAGAAGGAGGUGGGGUCUGAUGGGGGUGGGGAGGACACCCUGAAACACUUGACCAACGGGCCGAGCCUGGGGCGGGGGGAGGAGAUGGCGCCGCUAGAGAGGGGGGACGGUUACUUCCCUGCGCCUCGUGCCAGAUGCACCCCCGGCCUCACCCUGCCGGGUACCAGGCCGGCGUCUCCUGUCUGGGCCCGGCCCUCUCGGCCAUGCUGCCAGCGAUACCCCAGCUGGUGCCGACGGGCCGUUGGGCUGGGACAUCCCGCGGGGCAGCCCCCUCCGAGCUCGUGGGGAGAGGCAGCCAGGAAGGGAUCUGACACUCGGGCAGGGCAGACCCCGGACACGUGCCAGGUCAGCAGGGCACGUGGAGAGCUGAUGCCCCCCAAGCCGUGCCAGCGUUCGGGCGCUGACUCUCCCCCCGUUGUCGUCCCCCCCGCAGGAGACAGCUAUGGCACUGGUGGCUCGGGGGAGGAGGACGGGCUGAGAGCAGGCACCAUGGAUGACAAGACAGUGCGACACGCUUUCAUCCGCAAGGUCUACACCAUCAUCUCAGUCCAGCUGCUGGUGACCGUGGGCAUCAUCGCCGUGUUCACCUUCGUCUCCCCCGUCCGCACCUUUGUGCAGAGGAACAUGGCUGUGUACUACGCCUCUUACGCUGUGUUCCUGGUCAGCUACCUGGUGCUGGCCUGCUGCCCGGGCCCCAGGAGACGCUUCCCCUGUAACCUCAUCCUGCUCGCCAUCUUUACGCUGGCCAUGGCCUUCAUGACGGGAACCAUCGCCAGCGUGUAUAGCACCCGGGCUGUCCUGAUCACCAUGGUAAUCACUGCUAUAGUGGCCAUAAUUGUCACCGUCUUCUGCUUCCAGACCAAGGUGGAUUUCACCUCGUGCACGGGGCUGUUCUGUGUGCUGGGGAUUGUUGUCAUGGUGACGGGAAUAAUCACCGCCAUCGUCCUCUCCUUCAAAUAUAUUGCCUGGCUCCACAUGCUGUAUGCGGCCAUCGGCGCCAUCGUCUUUACUCUGUUCCUAGCUUACAACACCCAGCUGGUGCUGGGGAACAGGAAGAACUCGAUCAGCCCCGAGGAGUACGUCUACGGAGCCCUGGAGAUCUACAUGAACAUCGUCCAGAUCUUCAUCUUCCUCCUGCAGAUCGUGGGCCGGAGCUAGAGCCUCCACGGAGCUCCCGGCGGGAAUUGCCCCGGGCCCAGGAGUGCUCCGGGAACACCUUGCCGCCUUCCUUUCCCGCGUCCUUUCCCGCUCCCCGCCCCGGCGUGUCUCUCCCAGGCCAUUGGCCUCUGGUUUCCCUUCUCACCUGGGGAGCCCAGCGUGGCUGCUCAUAGAGGGGUAGCAGGCGAGACUGGCCCGUCUGCCCUGCAGAAUAACAAGGCUUUGCCCAGAAAGGAAGCCAGUGUCAGCCGAUUUCUGCCUGCCCUGUUAAUUGUUCUGCUGCUCUCUGUGCUCCCCCGUGACCUCCUGUCUUUCUUCUCUCCCCACGCUGCCCCCAGGGAUGUGUCAAUGCACCCAGUUCAUCCCCGUAGUAUCCUCUCCUGCAGAGGUGUGUUCCGAUCCCAGAUCCUCUAGCCAUAGCUCCCUGGGAAGUGAGAAAUCCAAGGGCAGCCCCUGCCUGGCUGCGCGGAUCCCCGGGCCCAUGACCGCGUUCUUUGCCAAUGGGCUCCCUCCCCUUCUCUUGCCGCGUGCCUACGGGAGGAGCAUUCCUUCACGUCAUCAAAUCCGAAUCCACUCAAAGGAGAGCAGAAAGACAGGGGCUUAGUCCUCGCUCCGCUCUGAACCAAGGUGUGUACGUUCCCGCCGCCCUGCAGAGCGCCCUUCGGUGGGGAGGAGCAGCGGGGGAUGCAAUCAAUGCACUGAGAUGAUUUUAAAGGGGAAGGGGGACUUGUCGUCUAUAAAUCAGUGCUUUUCAAUUCCAGCAGGGUUUUCACCCUCCCUGUCUGUUUCACAGAAUACAGAUCAGCCCAGACUUCAGGGCUAACACUAGUGCUUUGGGGGCAGUUACAUGUCUUAGGAUAGCCUUAUGUUAAGUAAAAAAAAAAAAAUCUACUUAGCCCCAGGCUGGGGAGGAGAAACGUACAGAGGCAUGACCCAUGCUAGCCCCCAGAUUUUUGUUGUUUCUAAUUCAAUGUAUUUUAUCCUUGGUACGCAAAGGUUUUUGUAUCAAGCUGCCAUAUUGUAUAUUCGACUAGGCCGGAAAGCCAAAGGGCCUUGAAAUAACACCGUUUGACGGGGGGAGGCGAAUGGCACAAGGGGAAUUGCAAAGAACCGUGCUGUGUAUGUUGCUCAUGCUCUCUAGUAAGAGAGUCGCUUAUUGCAGGAGGAAACAGAACUGGGGCUGCAGGAAGGGGCCGCAGGCAGCAUUAUAAGUCACCACCCCUAAUUCUAGAGGCUGGAACAGGUGCUGUAAGGGGGGGCGGGAUGGGGCAGAACGCUGCGUUGGAGCACUCUGGCUCCCCCAGGGCAGUGCUGGUGAAGGGGGGGGCAGUAGCUGAACCCAGAGCCGGCUCCCAGCGCCUCCUGGGAAGAGCAGGCUCAGAGCAGGGCGGCUGGAUCAGAAUCCCCAGGCGAACGGCCCAAAGGGCAGGGUGUGGGCAGGGGAAGCGAGGGUGCAGCCAGCGUCAACCCUUUGUGCUCCUCCCACGACGCUAGCGGCUUGGGCCAGCCUUGUUCACUCAGUGCCUUAAAUCCCGAUGUCCCUGGCAGAUGAAUUGAGGUCAGCACAGCGCAUGGCCGGGAGUCGCCCCUUUCACGGGCAGCCCGUCUAGGAAGGGAGACCCGCCCGUUCUGGGUGCCGGCCUGGAGGCAGAGCUGCUGGUGAGCAGAGCCCGGCUCUGUCCUGGCUGAGGGCGGGGGCGUUGGCCAGCUGGGGUUAGCUUUGCUAUGCAAAGGGCUGCCGGGUGCGCUGCAGAGGUUAAUGGAUUGGCUCAACGGCCCCCCGUGCAGGACAGACCAAGAGACCCCUUCCCUGGGAGUGCUCCGCUAGCCAGGUUCGGAGUGGUCCCCAGUCCAUGCAGCAGGGGCCGUGAGGGGAUGGCCGUAUAGCAUAAGCUGUAUUGUAUUCUAACGCUGCAGCCAGCGGGAGCAGCGCGGUCGGCUCCCGGCACCAAAGCACACAGACAAGUUGCACUCAAUAAAGCGAAACACUGUGUACUUUUUCAAGCA